AUGUCAAUUAAAAAGAAAAAGUUCGUAUCUGGAUCUCAGUUAACCUUGUCCAAGAAAGGAACUUCUUUGAAGAAGAAGCUUAAAAAGGAGAAAAAGAAAAACAAGAAAAAACAGAAAGAUAUCAAGAAGAAACUUGGUUUAGCAGCUAUUAGAGAUGGGAUAAAAAGCCCGAAAAUGCAAGUAAAAGAAAAACUAAAGAAAACUACGGAAGAUAAACUAAAAAAGAAAAAAGAAAAAUUGAAAGUUUCCAAGAACAAGUGUGAGAAAGAGGUUUCGAAACCCCGUAAAUCCAAUAAAUUUGGCGCCGCGUCUAGUGAUAGUGAACCGGAGCCAAUCGAUAGCAAUUGGAAUCUGAACGAUCCUGACGAGCAAAAAGACUCAUGGCAUGAUGCACAGUCUGACAUCGCAUCCGAAUCGGAUGAUAUGGCGUCUCAAUUGUCGGACGAUCUUGCAGAUUCCGAGACCGAUUAUGACGAAGAGUUGAAUGAGGCCGAGCUCAAUUCCCUGAUUGUUUCCAAUCGUAAGCGUGUUCGUGAUUCUUCAGGUGGAGAUACAGACGAGGACGUCGCAUCAGACGAUGCGGAUGAGACAGUCUAUUCAACCACACAGAAUGCAGUCGACAAGGGGAAGCCUGUGACUGAGCGGAAGAAAAAACAACAGACUUCAACACAAGCCAAACAGUCAACUGAUUCCAAUAAGGAGAAGAAGCAGAACACCGAAGAGGAAAAGUCGGUUGCUCCGGCAUCAUCAAAUGUGAAGAACAAGUUACCAGUUUCUACCGUAUCAACGGAGAAUAAACCAGUUCCGUCAGACUCCUCGAACAAGGUCAAGGUGCUCAUUCAAUCGAUUACGGACACCAGUGACACCAGUGAGGAGGACGCCGACGAUGAAGUGAAAUUGGAGGCGAAUAAAAAAAGGAAAGGAGUUGAUCUGUUCGCAAAGUUAGGUGAUUUAGACGAGACAGAUCACGAUGUCUUUUUGCGUAAACCUACGGAUUCGACGACCAAACCAACGUCAACAAUUCUCACUGACUUGGUUCGUUCUCACAAGGCGUCCAAAUCAGACAAUUCACAAAGAUCGCGCAAGGGGGUUGUGGAUUUGGAUGCAGUGGAAUCAAGCGAAGUGCCUGAGGAUAUCGACGAAGAUCAAGAGAAUGCUGACAGUUCUGAACAGGAAAACGAUAGUGUGGCUACGGAUGAUGAUGACGAUGAUGAUGAUGAUGACAAUGAUGAUGAUGAUGACGACGACGACGAUGUUGAUGAGGAUGACGAGGGCGAGAGCAAUGACAGUACAAACGAGAGUGGCAGUGAAGCAGAGGAAAGUGCAGAUGAUGAUGAUCCAGAUGAUGUUUCUGUCAAUGAUCACUCAAGUGAGGCGUCCGACGCUUCGGAAAAUUCAACCGAUCCAAAAGAAACAAGCAUUCUCUUCAAACGUGCACCUGUCGCACUCGAACGGAAUGCACUGGAUGCGAUGGCCAAUUCUUCAGAGGAACAAAUUGAUAAAACUCUCCGAGCGGUGAUACAAUCUCGACGAACGGCAAUGCGUGCAUUGAAGACAGCGGGAUCAAAGCGUCCUUGGUUGUCCACCGGUCAAGGGGCUCAAAAACGGCAAAAAUCGGCUUUAGCUAAAGCACGAAAACCGUUUGAAGGACUGAGUUUUCGGUCGCGUCGGGUGAUGCGUUCUGUGUGGCGAAAUAAGAUGUUUGCUCAGCUGCGAACGUCAGAACUGAUUCAAUAG